AUGGCGGAGCUGGCCGUGCAGCAGCCCCACAAGAAGAAGAGGCUGAUCGCCUUGCUCGCCAACGAGCAGGACAUCCUCCGCCGCAUGUCAUGGAAGAGCAUGGACAGUGCCUUGGAGCCGCUCAAGUCGAUGAGCACGGUGCUGAGCGACGACCCGGACAUGGCGAACGCCAAGACGUGGGCGCAGCAGGUGGCAGAGAUCAGGCACGACGUGGAGGACAUGUUUGACAGGUCCAGUUCCGGCGGCGGCUCGCCGAUAAGGCUCUUCUUGGAUCGCCGCCGGAUGGUCAAGCGCCUCAACUCGCGCAUCGACGCCAUCAAGCUGCGGCUAUCGCUGCUUGCCAACCUGGACGACAGGGAGUCGCCGGCGAACGCGACGAGGUACAGGAUGGACGACCGGCAGCUGGAUCCUCUCUCCGUCGAGGAGGUGGAGGCGCUGGGCAUCGAACGGCGACGGGCGGAGAUUUCCAAGUGGCUGCUGGGCGUGGGCGGAGCCCCUGGCGAGGGGAAGCUCAAGGUCAUGUCCGUCGUCGGCGAGGCCGGCGUCGGAAAGACCACCCUCGUGCGGAGCGUGUACAACGAGCCCCAGGUGAGAGGCCGGUUCCGCUGCCACGCCUGGGUGACCGUCGGCGCGACCGCCACGGCGGCCGACCUCCUCCGCAGGAUCAUGCUGCAGGUCUUCCUGGAGAGCCCGGAGGCGAUGCCGGCCAACGUGGACUCCAUGGACGAGAUGCAGCUGGCCGACACGGUGGGGCGCUACCUCGGCGACAAGGCGUACCUCGUCGUCCUCGACGACGUGUGGAGCUCCGAGGUGUGGGACUACCUGGGCGUCGCGUUGCCGGACAGCGGCAUGGGCAGCCGGAUCAUCGUGUCCACAAGGGUCAUCGACAUAGGCCGGCAGUGCCGGUGGGCGUCAAGAGUGGAGACGCUCGUCCACACCCCGCUCGACAAGGGCAGCUCGCUGCAGCUCUUCCUCCGCAAGGCGUCCCGGUGGGUCGGGUGCACCCCGGACCCAGAGCUGAAGGAGAUCGCCGCAGAGAUCGUCCGGGAGUGCCGCGGCCUGCCCCUCCUGCUCGUCGCCAUGGGUGGGCUCAUGUCAACCAGGCCGCAGACCGCGGAGGCCUGGCAGGACGUGCUCGACAAGCUCCGGCGGACAAGGGACCUCGAGCUGGCGCUCCCCGCCGUCCUGUGGUUGGCCUACAACGACUUGCCGAGCCGCCUCAAGGCGUGCUUCCUCUACUUUAUCCUCUUCCCGAGGACGUACUGCGCCAAGCGCACGGCGCUGGUCCGGCUGUGGGUGGCGGAGGGCUUCGUCCAGAAGGAGUACGGCCGGACGCUGGAGGACACCGCGGAGGCGUACCUCCACGAGCUGAUCCGCCGGAACCUGGUCCAGGUGACGGACUACUACGACUACGGCAAGGUGCGGAGCUGUGGCGUCCACGACAUGCUCCGCGAGAUCAUCAUCCACAAGUGCGAGGAGGACAACUUCGGCGCCUCCGUCACCAGGGACGCCGGCAAGGUGCGCGCCGACGUCCGCCGCCUCUCCACCGUCGACACCAAGAGAGACGACUUCCUCCGCGACGUCAGCGCCGGCCACGUCCGUACGCUCUUCAUGCUGGGCGCGAGCGCCGCCAGCACGUCGUCCCUGCUCGCCAUCAUCCCCGAGUACAAGCUGCUGAGGGUGCUCGACCUCGAGGGCGCGCCGGUCGACCGGCUGCCGGAGGAGCUCCCCGACGGCUCCUGCCUCCGGUACCUCAGCCUGAGGAACACCAGGAUCAGCAAGCUGCCCAAGUCGCUCAGGAAGCUCACCCACCUGCAAACCCUCGACCUCAAGGGCACCUACGUCUCGCACCUCCCCGCCGGGAUCACCAGGAUGGACAGCAUCCGCCACCUCCUCGCCUACCGCUACUACUCCGGCCAGCACCCGCCCUACUACUACGCGCUCGGCGUCACGCUGCCGCGGGGGAUCGGCCAGCUGAGGGAUCUCCAGAAGCUGACCUACGUCGAGGCCACACGAGACAAGGGCACGCUGGUCGAGCUCGCCCGGCUGACGCAGCUCAAGCGGCUGGGCAUCGUCAAGCUGAGGUCCGGCGACGGCGGGACCCUCUGCGCCUCCGUCGCCAAGAUGACGGAGCUCCUCUCCCUCUCGGCCUCGUCCUCCGACAUCACCGAGCCCCUCAACCUCGCCUCGCUGGACCCGGCGCCCCGCAAGCUGGAGCGCCUCUACCUCCGAGGCCCGCUGCCGGAGCUGCCACGCUGGGUGCUCUCCCUCCGCAACCUCCAACGCAUACGCCUCAGGUGGUCGAGCCUCAAAGGCGACGCCAUCGUCCACCUCCAGUGCCUCCCCGUGAUCGAGCUCGCCCUUAUCCAGGCCUACGACGGCGUCACGCUCCACUUCACCGAGGGAUUCUCGAACCUUCAGAUACUAGAGAUCGACCACCUCACCAACCUCGAGCUCAUCCGCGUGGAGGGAUCGGCCAUGCCCAUGAUCCACAAGAUGUCCCUCAGGUCCUGCCGGAGCCUCACCACCGUUCCAGAAGGCAUCCAACGGCUCAAGCAUCUCAAGGAGAUCCACUUGUUCGCCAUGCCCGACGCCAUGGUGGCCAGCUUGAAGGAGGGAGGCAUGGCCAGCCACGUACCGGUCAUUCGGGUCUACAAUCAGCAUCGGGACAUUUCCCAGUAAAAAUCACGUCCCUCUUGAGCUCUAGCUCCUCCACCUCGUCAACCUCCGCCUACGCACAACCUUAUUAUUACUUCAUCUUUUAAUGAACAUAAUAAUCAACCUAUAGGAUUUAGAUAUCAUCCUUUUGCUUUUUUUUUUUUGUAAAUGGUUGCGUUGUCUGCUCAUGUAUAUACAAGCAUGCAUGUAGCUUGUUAAUAUCUUGUGUAUGGCGAAUGUAAUUUGUAAAUAACUUUAUUGUAUUGUAUUGUAUUAUUAAAAUUUUAUUGUAACAACAAGGUAAAAAAGAAGAAUCAACUUUGCUCUUAAGGCCUAAGAGCAGGU